AGCACCAAUCAUUCCAGAAAGUACGAUCACUCAGGUUUUGCGCGGGAAUAACGGUGAUAACUCAUAACACUACCCCAGUGGCUGUGUAACGCAGAGAUAGCACGCCUUCAAUGGCAGACUCCACUCCGAUUGCAACUCCUUCUAAAAACGACGCAUCAUGCUCUUUCCAACGAACGGUCGUAUUAUACGAUUGGUGGUUGAUUAAAGCCAAAACCGACUUCCAAGGGAAGCGUUUAGCCGUCGCAGGCGUUUCGUCGAGAAAGAAUGAGGCAGUGCGCGUGUUUGUUUCUGCUGCUGUUAUCAAGAGAUAUGACGUGUUUUCUCUCGAGACUGCCGAUGGGAAGUGCGUCAUGAUCAAAGGUUUCAUCAACGAGCAGCGCACUCUCGAAAAUGGUUUCGCUCCAGAGGUUUUCAACCGUUUUUUAUUUGGCUUUCCUUCAAACUGGGAAAGCUAUGCUCUAGAUUGCUUCAUAGAAAAGUCUACCAUUCUCAAUGAUUUAAGUCCAGAAAUUUUAUCGGAUGGUGUGGAAAAUUCCAUUCCUAUUUCUUUGGUAUCACCAGAGGAGGCCCCGGGAGAUCACGAUAAACCAUUACCUGAAAAUGACAGCAAUGUGUCAAAGGAGAUGGGCGGGUUUAAUGUUGCUUGUAGUAGUGGUGGGAAAAGACGUAGUGCUAGGUUGCAUGAUAUUAAAGUAUGCCAACAGAAGAAGCAGCACGCUUCUGGAGGUCUUCCAUAUCAUCCAGAUAAUGAGGAGAACUCUACUUCAGUGACUGUAGAGGGUCUGAAAAGUCUGGCAACCCCCAUUCAGUCACAAUCGUGGAGUGAAUAUUCAAACAAUGCCUGUGUGCAAAGUUCUAUUCCUACUUUGGUAACUUCAAAGGAGGUCCCGGGACAUCUCAAGAAGCCAUUCCCUGAAAAAGAAUGCAAUGCGUCAAAGGAGAUUAAUAGGGUUAAUGUUGCUUGCAGUAGUGGUGGUAAAACGUGUAGUGCCAGGUUGCAUGAUAUUAAAGUGUGCCGGCAGAAGAAGCAGCCUGCUUCUGGAGGUCUUCUGAAUCAUCCAGAUGAUGAAGAGAACUCUACUUCAGUGACCUUAGAGAGUCUGAAAAGUACAGCAGCACCCAUUCAGUCACAAUCGUGGAGUGAAUAUUCAACCGAUGCUUGUGUUGAAAAAUCCAUUCCUACUUUGGUAUCUCCAGAGGAGGCCCCGGGACAUCACAGGAAGCCAUUUCCUGAAAAUGAAUGCAUUUUGUCAAAGGAGAUUGGUGGGGCUAAUGUUGCUUGCAGUAGUGGUGGUAAAAGACGUAGUGCCAGGUUGCACGAUAUUAAAGUUUUCCGGCAGAAGAAGCAGCCUGCUUCUGGAGUUCCUCCUAAGCAUCCAGAUAAUGAAAACUCUACUCCAGUGGUCUUGGAGAAUUGUGAUGUAGCGGGACCGAGUCCAGCAACUCCCAUUCAGUCACAAUCCUGGAGACAACUAAGCACAUCAUCUGAGCAGCUAGUUAAAAAAUCUGCAUCCAGAAUUUCUAAAACCUUGUUUCCAAUGUCUGAAAGCUGUUGUAAGAAAAAGAGAGUGAUCGUUGAAACAAAAUCGGUUAGGCCUAUGAGAAAACAGACUAAGUCUGCAUCUGCUGUGAAAAAUUCGCGAGAAAAAGAUCUAAGCCACGUGAUCAGGGGAAGCCGACAGAAAAUAUCCACAGUUUCUCCAGAGUCGUUUAGUUUUAGUAAAUCCAGAUCUGGUAGGUUGCUUCUACCUCCCUUGGAGUUUUGGCGCAAUCAAAUACCAAUUUAUAAUGCGGCCCAUGAAAUUACAGAAAUUCAGGACGUUGCAUCUACGAUAUCACCUUGUAGAGGUUCUUCACCAUCAUUGAGCAGGUUUAACAAUCAGAAACGUGCAGCGUGAUGCGGGAAAUGGAGUUGAAGGCCUGAUUCGUGGUAUGGAACUUUUCUGUGAAUAGUUCCUGUUUUUUGGUUGUGGUUUAUAGAAUAUUGUGCAAUAGUGUUUACUAGCUAGAUCAGGUGUACUAUGGUUUGUUAUACCAUGAUUAGGUCGAAUAUCCUGUGAAUAAUUCUUAACAGUAACUUGCAUAUUAAGCUCGCCUCUCAACUUUUAUGACUUUUAUUGACUACACCUAAACUAGGAAUUAUUUACUUCUCGACAUUGAUUUUAAUACCCCAAGUAUUGGCGUUAUCUGGUUCCAGACACU